AAGCAGGUCUUGUAGGGAGCACAUUACUGACAUCAGAUCUGGAAUUUCGUAAGUGAUCAGUGACAAAGAAUUUCAGUUAUUGCAUUGUUCUCAUGACCAUGGAGUAACAGGGAGAAUAAUGAUCGGGAAGCUCCUGUUAGCCGUUGCCGUGGCCAAUGCGUUUCUAGUGAUAUCCAUCCACACGCAUCCUGUGGAACAAGAUGGAGGUGAUUUCCAUGUGGCUCAAGAGACUCAUUGUGUUCAUGACUUUCCCAAAAUUGAGGACAUUCCUCAUCCCGUGCAACUCAAGUCUGUCAAUUCCAAGAGAGACAAGCGCUCACCCGAGCACCAAAUGAGGAUUCAAGUGUUUUAUCACAAAAGCGUUGACGAACUGAGUAAAAUACAGCAGGAAAUCGUCAGAGCUCAGAUAGUUCCUAAUGCCGUUUCAUUUUGGGAAAACGCUCUGAAAGUCCGCCGAAAUGUUGGAGCUAUUCACCUGAACCGAAAAUGUGAAAACAAUCAAUACUUCAUGGCAGAAGAUGACCCGACGCAAUAUUGCAAGAACCAGUGUGUGGAAACCAAAUGCGGCGAAUUUGUGGUGCCCGAGGAGCAUUUGAAGUCAUGCCAUACUUGUGACUCGUUUGGACGAGACUGCAAGAAAGUCACCGACGAAGGACCCGGUGUGAAUAACACGGAUUUUGUGCUCUACGUCUCGGCAAUUCCCACCAAGCAAUGUGGAGAGAGCAUUGGAGAGCAAGCCUCAACCGUGGCUUAUGCCGCUCAUUGUCAACAGGAGAUUGAGUUCGAUCGGCCGGUGGCUGGUCACACCAAUAUUUGCCCGGCAGCCAUCAAACCCGAUGAGGUCCAGGGCCUCUCAUCCACGUUCAAGCACGAGCUCUUGCACGCUUUGGGUUUCUCAUCGAGCUUAUUCGCGUUCUUCCGAGACUCUAGGGGCGAUCCCCUGACUCCCCGGGGUUCGGAUGGAAAGCCGCCUAUUAACCGCAAACUUCAAUUGAGACAAUGGAGCGACAAGAUCAUCAAGGAGAUUGAACGCACAUGGAAGGUCCGCUCAGGCAUGGUGACCCGGCGCGUGAGUGUCAUGGUCACUCCCAAAGUGGUCGAAGAGGUUCGCAAGCACUUCGGUUGCCCCACUUUGGAAGGAGCGGAGCUGGAGGACCAAGGAGGCGAUGGAACUGCCCUGACCCAUUGGGAGAAACGCAUCUUUCAGAACGAGGCCAUGACUGGCACGGUUCACACGCAAAACCCGGUUUACUCCCGGAUGACCUUUGCCCUCAUGGAAGACUCGGGCUGGUAUUUGCCAAACUACGAUUUGGCAGAAAAUAUCGAAUGGGGCAAGGGAUUAGGCUGCGACUUUGCCCAGAAGAGCUGCAUGGAGAUUCUGGAGAUGAAAGAUGAGCGGUUCCCAUUUUGCAACACAGUCAUGCAAAGCGACUCACGAACCUAUUGUACUCACGACAGCCGCUCGGUAGGAAGUUGCAAUCUCGUCCAGUUCGCUAAACCUUUGCCCACCCUGUACCAGAACUUCAACGAGUUGGAAGGCGUAUCCCCCAGCGACAUCUCUCGGGUGGGUAGCUCGGUGACUCUGGCGGAUUUCUGUCCGUACAUCCAGGAAUUCACGUGGAAGUCCACCAGCCAAUCCAAGGAGCGGGGCACGAGAUGCGCCCAAGCUCAGAAUGCCCCCGUGGGGGACAACAACUACGCCUUGGAGCAAUACGGCAAUGGGACACGCUGCUUUGAGCAAGGGGGCAAAUGGGAACAGAAGAGUUGCCGGACGCUUAAGCAAUGGAAACGCUAUGGAGCGGGUUGUUAUCCCUAUGAGUGCAAAGAUGGCGGCCUCAACAUCGUGGUGCGCAACGUCAGCCUUCCGUGCUCUGAAGAAGGCCAAGUGAUCGAUGUUCGCUUGAAGUCGGGGAAAUGGCUUCAUGAAGGAACGGUGGUGUGUCCAAAAUGCGAGGACAUCUGUUCAAAUUGUCAGGUACAGAAGCAAGCCCGAACGGAUCCGGACCUUUUCAUGGAUGACGUAGAAAAUACGUGCUUUGAGGGAGGUGCCAACGGGCUCAACGGUUUCUUCAGCACUUUCGGCUUUAGCUUGAAUGACAACAAGAAACGGUGAUGAUGGAUGAAGAGUCAUCCAUAUAUUCCCAAUGUUUACAGUAUUCCAAUUCAAAUUGAUAAGUCUGACAAUGUCCUGGUUCAGAAUAAACUAUGACUUCUUUGAGCUCUA